GAAGUGAGCGCACGCGGGCAAAGUACGUGCGGUAAAGCUACACCCGCCGCUGCUUUUAAAUGUCUGUCUCUCUCUCUCUCUCACUCUCUCUUCUGCUAACAUUUUCAUGAGAUUGUGAAGUAGAAGGAGACGCGGGAGGGGGCAGAUUAUGAGCACCACGAAGAAGAGAGGGGAAGUGAGGAUUGGAGCUUAGGAUCACAUAUAGUUUACGUUAGAGAUGAGUCGUCUGGCGCCAUUGGCUGAAGUUCCGAAUGGCGAAGAAAUGGAGGAAUUGUCCAACAACUGUUCGAAGAAAUCCCAGACAUGGAGAAACUGGCUCAGAACCCACUUGUCGUCUCUGCUCUUUAUCCACAAGAAAUCUGACCACAGAAUCCUUCUCAGUGUUCUUGGCUGCCCUCUCUUCCCUGUUUCUUUCCAUCCCAAACUUCCUAUUUCUCAAGUCUCGUCAUCAGCAGAAUACAUAAUACAACACUUCAUGGCAGCGACUGGCUGCCGGAAGCUGGAAGGGAUGGUAAAGAACAUGUAUGCUACUGGAAAAGUUGCAAUGGCAGUGGUGGAUGAGCUUGGCUCGACUGGUUCGCCUGUUGGAUCUGGCAGUAGUGUUUCACAAAAGGGUUGUUUUGUUAUGUGGCAAAUGGUUCCGGGCAAGUGGCAAAUUGAACUUGUUGUGGGCGGUCACAAGAUUAUAGCGGGCAGUGAUGGCAAUGUGGCUUGGCGUCACACGCCUUGGCUAGGUUCUCAUGCAGCUAAAGGCGGCGUUCGUCCUCUCAGACGUGCUCUCCAGGGGCUUGAUCCUCUGGCGAUAUCAGCUGUGUUCUCGGGAGCAGAGUACAUCGGGGAAAAGCAUAUCCUGGGAGUUGAUUGCUUCGUCUUGAAAUUAUCUGCGACUCACAAAGACCUGGCUGACCGCAGUGAUAGCACAGCGGAGAUGAUAAAGCACAUUGUGUUCGGUUACUUCAGCCAAAGAAGCGGCCUGCUCAUUUACCUCGAGGAUUCAUAUCUGACCAGAAUUCAGUCCCCCGGUUCCUUUGCAACAUACUGGGAAACCACAAUGUGCACAAGGAUAGAGGAUUAUCGGCCCGUAGAGGGAGUGAUGAUAGCUCAUUCUGGCUACUCGAGUGUAAUAAUCACAACGUUUGGAGACAAUCUAAAGGCUGGGCCUGCCACCACGCGAAUGCAAGAAACAUAUACCAUAGACGAUCUCGCGUUUAAUGUCCCCGGCCUUUCCAUCGACUCCUUCAUACCUCCUGAAGAAUUGCAGAAAGACUGUUCAGAGGAAAAUCUUGAUUGCAGAUAUCCAUUGCAGCAAUAGCAAAGGACCAUUAUAUUGCUGUGUAGUUGAAUGGUGUUUUUUAGUGAUCACCACUGAGGCACUAACUUGAAGACUUGAAGUCCUAGACCAUAAAAGAUGACCAAUUCUGUAUAUAUAGACUAUAGGCUUGCAUUAAACUGUUUGAAAUAUUGUCUUCAUAUGCCAUGCAUGUUAAACUAUUACUACGCUAAGUGUACCCUUUGUUGUAUAAUGAAGAUUUUCAAACACUGUUGAAAAACUAACUCUGAAGAUUUUCUGCAGUUUCAGUAUGUACUGAGUUCUCUGAGGUCUUCUCAGGUCACUAUUUACAGUGAUGAUCAUUAUACCA